CCCCCGGCUGCGGAGAGUAGGAGACGCAGCUGCCGCGCUGGGCAUUGAGCGGCUCCUUUGCCGCGGCGGACUGGGAGCGCCCCGCACAGUAUAAACCCAGUGUGCCUGCUGGGCUAUGCUUGGGUUUAGAGCCAUGCCAAUCUGUGGUCGAAGCUUGAAGCAGUAAUGGAGCCACUGCAGCAGCAGCAGCAGCAGCAGCAGCAGCAGCAGCAGAAGCAGCCACAUCUAGCUCCUUUGCAAAUGGAUGCCAGAGAGAAACAGGGACAGCAGAUGAGAGAAGCCCAGUUCCUGUAUGCCCAAAAACUAGUUACACAGCCAACUCAUCUUUCUGCCACACCUGGGAGACCUUCUGGCAGCCCUGCUCUGGGUCCCUUAGCCAGAGUUCCACCAGCCACACCAGUGGCCCGAGUUUUUGAACGGAGCAACGUGAACUCAGAGCCUGAGGAAGAAGAAGGUGGUUUAGAAGAUGAGGAUGAGGAUGAGGAUGUUGCAGAGGUGGCUGAAAAGGGGGCCCAGGCUGCUUCCAAAUAUUUUCAUGUGCAGAAAGCAACUCGCCAAGACCCCAGAGUAGCAUCCAUGUCCAGUCUGCUUCCAGCACCAGGGCUCCCACCACACGGACAACAAGCUAAAGAAGACCAUACCAAAGAUGCUACCAAGGCCCCACCUUCUGUCUCCACAACUGGACAGCCAAGCUGGAAUCUGGAUGAGCAGCUUAAGCAGAAUGGUGGUUUGGCCUGGAGUGAUGAUGCCGAUGGAGGUCGGGGAAGAGAGAUCUCUCGAGAUUUUGCCAAGCUGUAUGAACUGGACAGUGAUCCUGAAAGGAAAGAAUUCCUGGAUGACCUCUUCAUCUUUAUGCAGAAGAGGGGGACCCCCAUCAACCGGAUCCCCAUCAUGGCCAAGCAGAUCCUGGAUCUAUACAUGCUGUAUAAGCUGGUGACAGAGAAGGGGGGCCUGGUGGAGAUCAUUAACAAGAAGAUCUGGAGGGAAAUCACCAAAGGCCUGAACCUGCCCACAUCUAUCACCAGCGCCGCCUUUACCCUCAGGACCCAGUAUAUGAAGUAUCUCUAUGCCUAUGAGUGUGAGAAGAAAGCCUUGAGCUCUCCAGCUGAGCUCCAGGCAGCCAUUGAUGGCAACCGGAGAGAGGGCCGUCGGCCCAGCUACAGCUCCUCUCUCUUUGGCUACUCACCUGCUGCUGCUGCUACUGCUGCCGCUACUGGGGCUCCAGCCCUUCUCUCACCACCCAAGAUUCGCUUCCCCAUCCUUGGGCUUGGCUCCAGCAGUGGCACCAAUACCAGUAGCCCUCGGAUAUCCCCAGCAUCCACUCUCAGGAAAGGUGAUGGAGUCCCAAUGACUACAGUGCCCGUGCCAAAUCGCCUGGCUGUGCCCUUGACUUUGGCAAGCCAGCAGGCCAGUACCCGGACUGCCACACUAGAGCAGCUGCGAGAGCGACUGGAGUCAGGAGAGCCUCCUGAGAAGAAGGCUUCAAGGCUAUCAGAGGAGGAGCAGCGCCUGGUACAGCAGGCCUUCCAGCGCAACUUCUUCAGCAUGGCACGGCAGCUCCCCAUGAAGAUUAAGAUCAAUGGCAGGGAAGACAGAGCAGAUGCCUCGACUGCAGCCCUGAACCUGACCACAAGCAGCAUUGGGAGCAUUAACAUGUCUGUGGACAUCGAUGGCACCACCUAUGCAGGUGUGCUGUUUGCCCAGAAACCAGUGGUCCACCUCAUUGCAGGCUCUGCUCCCCAGAGCAUUGGCAGCAGUGCCAGCAGCAGCAGCUCUCACUGCUCACCAAGUCCUACCUCAUCACGGGGCACCCCCAGUGCAGAGCCCUCCACCAGCUGGUCCCUCUGACGGGCAGCACCCAGCUCCCCACUCCCUACUCCUGCCGAGAGUGAAGGAAGUUGAUGCACAGAAGUUACCUCAUCUCAUGGAGCCCACAUCAAACACCAUUUGGCCAGACGUUGAGAGUUUGGACAUGACCGUCUGUCCAGGCUCCUUUCAGGUCCUGCUGUUCUCUGGGGACAGGGAGAGGCUAGAGGGUGGGACAGGUCAGCGUUGUCCAAUCAGGGAUUGACCUGGAGAACUGGGCAGAGGUCUGGGUGUCCAGCUUUCUCUAGGGUUCCCCGGCCACCUCCCAUCCCGGGUCACAGUGUAUCGACAAUCUGAAAGCCGACACAGGGCUGGAGGCCCUCCAUAUCCCUUCCCCUUUAAUUUAUUUCCUUUUCCCUGCCUUCUACCAUCACCCCAACUCCACUGCUCUCUUCCUUGACCCAGUCCCCCAGUUUUAAAAUCCCUUGUGGUGCUGCUAGGAGCCAAGAGCGUGCCUUCCUGGCUCUUGUCUGCAGAGCAUGGGAUGGGGCCCUCCCAGCCCACCUAGCCUACUGUUUGGUUCCUGGAGGGUGGGUCCCUCAAAUCCAAGUCAUGAAUCAGUACUCAGGAUCCUAUAUCCCCUUUUAAAGGGCCUGAGAAAGAGCACGUGAGAACAGACUUCAGUCCCAGGGCCUCCAGGCAGCUGCUGAAGAGAAGCAGAGCUUAGGCUGCCUAGGCCCUGGCACCCACUUCAUACGGAUCCUAUUCUGACCCUCCCAAACCUCAGGCUCCCCACUUGCCCUUGUUGGCCAGCACUCCCAAGACAACCCAUUUGUCCCUGGCUCCUGUCAUCGUCUCUUGGGGCCAUCUGAGCCCCAUUAGCCCCAGAUGUGCUGAUGUCAGGUUCACUGAAAUACCUCAGAUUUGUAAUUGUUGAUGUUUGAUUCUUCAGGAAGUAUUUGCAUCUCUGAAAUCUUUUUUAUAUGUGUUUUGCUGACUUUUUGUUUUUUAUUUUUAAAUUGUUAUUGUUGUUGCUGUUGUUGUAGCACCAAAGAAAUGAGAGCGGAUCACCCCAGCCAGAUGAGGCUCAGUAGCCAGCCCUGGCUCAGUAGCCAGCCCCUCCAGCCCUGCCCGGGCCCCAGCCCACAGGCCAGGCGGGAGCAGGUGGGAUGACUCAGGGAUCACUGUGGUGGGAGGGAGGGGCAGAUGGAGAGGCCCACUCUUGCUGGCUGCUUCUGAAGAGGGCCUUGACUCCUGUGUUCUGCCGCCCUCUGCUCCAGCUGACAGGGUAGGGCAGGACAUCUCUCCUCACUCAGCAUUCCCACCUCAGGACAUGAGGUAGGUGGCUGUGGGCCCUGCUGGUGGCCAAGCUACCCAGGGAACGAGGAAAUGCUGAGAGAGCUCCUUCUCUUCUCUUGGCUCCCGCUGCUCCUGUGUGGUAAAGAAGGCGUGAUGCUUGCACAAGGCUCGCCUCUCGGCCAAAAGAGUUCACUGGAACACCACCCACAAGAACUCCCUGGGUGGUGGCAGUGGAGAUCACAGCAUGGCCUAUACUUGGUCCUAUCUAGGGAAAGAAAGGGAAAUCAAAAGCUUGCACGCAAGACAUACCUCAACCUGGUAAGCAGCCGCUCUGCUGACCUGCAUCUCCUCCUCCCUCCCCCGGCCUUCCACACAUCUGUGCAUGUGUGCACACACGUGUUCACACAUGUACACACAUGCAUUCUCACAUUUACACACAUUCGCAUAUUUUCGCACACAUUUACUCAUACACAUGGGCACAGCCCAUCCCCUGGGGGCAGCCCCUCUGGCCUCAGAAGCCUCUCCCGCCAGGCACAUGCCAGGUGUGGGCAGAGAAGGGCAUCUGGAAUCUGGUGCCAGUGAGAAGCCCAGGUGGCUGAUUCUGGGCCCACUUGAGAGAGUCUCAGACAUUUGGCCAACGUAUCUUUCUCAGGGUUUGGUCACAAAAGAAUGGACUCUUCCCACCCAGAAGAUGCAGGGUCAGUGCACUGGGUUUUUCUGGCAUUGAACCCUUUCCCUUUCCUCAGGCAUCAUGCUGAUCUGUCCCUCCGAGUGCCCUCACUCUUUCCUAAGGCCAGCAGCAGGGGCUCAGCCAGAAAGUGUGAGAGUAGAGGCACUAGCUGGUGCCCCAGCAUCCACGCUCUGGCCCAAGCAGAGCUUUCCCUGGAGGUUCAGUCCUUGAAGGCCACAUGGGAGGCAGUUGGCCAGAGCAACUCUGUCCCCUCCCCUUUCCCAUCUUAUAUGUAUUUUAACCAGGAAAAAUGUGAUAGCACAUGGGUAGCCUAGGCAGUGAAUAAAUACCUCAGACAUCCUCUUGCAGCAAGUGUCUAUAUG